AGUGCUGAUCGCUCUCGCAGGUGCGGCGGUUAACAGCCUUUGCGGAAGCCGGAGGAUCGAGAGCAGCCCCCUCCCCUUCCUGGACUCCCCCCGCCCCACUUCCCGGUCGGCCCCGGGGCAUGAGCAACGAUGGCUGGCUGCAGCCCUGAGGAGAAAACUUACCGGCGCUUCCUGGAGCUAUUCCUGGGCGAGUUUCGCGGACCGUGCGGCGGCGGCGAGCCUGAGCCGGAACCCGAACCCGAGUCGGAGCCCGAGCCCGAACUGGUAGCGGCUGAGGCGGCCGAGGCUUCGGUCGAGGACCCCGGCGAGGAGGUGGCCACUGUAGCCGCGACGGAGGAGGGGGAGCAAGAGCAGGAGCAAGACCCCGAGCCCGAAGAGGAGGCGGUGGAGGAAGAGGCGGUGGCGGCGGCGGAGGUCGAGGAGGAGGAGGCGGCGGCAGCCCGGGGGCAGUCGGCCGUGCAGCCGCCGCCGCCGCAGCCCCAGCUGCCGCCUCUGCCCCCGCUCCCGCGGCCGCUGUCGGAGCGCAUCACCCGUGAGGAGGUGGAGGGCGAGAGCCUGGACCUGUGCCUGCAGCAGCUCUACAAAUAUAAUUGCCCUUCCUUUUUGGCUGCUGCUUUAGCCAGAGCCACAGCAGAUGAAGUCCUUCAGAGUGACCUUUCUGCACAUUAUCUCCCAAAGGAAACAGAUGGCACAGAAGGGACUGUGGAGAUCGAAACAAUGAAAUUGGCCCGUUCUGUCUUCAGCAAACUACACGAGAUUUGCUGCAGCUGGGUGAAAGACUUCCCUCUCCGCAGGAGACCCCAGCUUUAUUAUGAGACAUCAAUCCAUGCCAUCAAAAACAUGCGCAGGAAAAUGGAAGACAAACAUGUCUGCAUUCCUGACUUUAAUAUGCUCUUCAAUCUAGAGGACCAGGAAGAACAAGCCUACUUUGCAGUGUUUGAUGGCCAUGGGGGAGUGGAUGCUGCCAUUUAUGCCUCCAUUCACCUGCACGUUAAUUUAGUCCGCCAGGAGAUGUUCCCCCACGAUCCCGCUGAAGCCCUGUGCCGGGCCUUCCGGGUCACUGAUGAGCGGUUUGUGCAGAAAGCAGCCAGGGAGAGUUUAAGAUGUGGGACCACAGGAGUAGUGACUUUCAUCAGAGGGAACAUGCUCCAUGUGGCCUGGGUUGGGGAUUCCCAGGUCAUGCUCGUGAGAAAAGGGCAAGCGGUUGAGCUAAUGAAGCCACACAAACCGGACAGGGAGGAUGAAAAGCAGCGAAUUGAGGCUCUUGGAGGUUGUGUAGUCUGGUUUGGUGCCUGGAGGGUGAAUGGAAGUCUGUCGGUCUCCCGAGCUAUUGGAGAUGCUGAACAUAAGCCAUAUAUCUGUGGGGAUGCAGAUUCUGCCUCGACUGUUUUGGAUGGGACUGAAGACUACCUCAUUCUGGCCUGUGAUGGCUUCUAUGACACCGUGAAUCCUGAUGAGGCAGUCAAAGUUGUAUCUGACCACCUGAAGGAGAAUAAUGGAGACAGUAGCAUGGUUGCCCACAAAUUAGUUGCAUCAGCUCGUGAUGCUGGGUCAAGUGAUAACAUCACUGUUAUUGUGGUAUUCCUGAGGGACAUGAACAAAGCUGUAAAUGUUAGUGAGGAAUCAGAUUGGACAGAGAACUCUUUUCAAGGAGGGCAAGAAGAUGGUGGGGAUGAUAAGGAGAAUCAUGGAGAGUGCAAACGCCCUUGGCCUCAGCACCAGUGCUCAGCACCAGCCGAUCUAGGCUAUGAUGGGCGCGUGGAUUCAUUCACUGAUAGAACUAGCCUGAGCCCAGGGUCCCAAAUCAACGUGCUGGAAGACCCGGGCUACCUAGAUCUCACACAAAUAGAAGCAAGCAAACCUCACAGUGCCCAGUUUUUGCCACCAAUUGAGAUGUUUGGUCCUGGUGCACCAAAGAAAGCAAAUUCUAUUAAUGAGCUAAUAAUGGAGAAAAAAUCAGUUCAAUCAUCAUUGCCUGAACAGAGUGGUGCUGGAGAGUUUCCCUCUUUUAAUUUGGGUUCAACAGGGCAGCAGAUAUACAGAAUGGAGAGCUUGUCUCCUGUCUGUCCUAGGUUGGAAGAGGAACAGUUCAAAUUCCUGGGAAAGAGAGUUUUCAGAUUGUCUCAUUUACGCUAUCGUUAUUCAAAGAGACGGAACGGAUUCAGGUUUAAUCCAAAGUUGUAUUCAUUUAUGUCUGCUCAAGAGCCUUCCCGCAAAAUAGGCACUAGUCUCUCCUCACUUAUUCGAAGUGGGAAGAGAACUAGGUUGUUCAGAAGUUUUCUGCCGUGGAGGCAAAAUAUUUGGAAAGGAUAUAGUGCAAACAUGAUGAGGAAGCUCGGAAAGAGUAACGAUACUCCAGAUCCAGGCCUUCCCUGGAGCUACAAAAUAUAAAACUUCCCCUUUAAAGUAGGCUAGCUAGCUCUCCCCCAAUAAAAACACCACUGUCAGAGUAGAAACAAGGUAGACAUUUCUGAAAUAUAUGUGCUUCAUUAUGAAACCAUGGAUGGCUCAAUUCUUAAAUGUAAAUAGAUCUCUAGGAAACUCAAAGUAGUGUUUUCAAUCUAAAACAAAAAGUAUUGGCGGUUUCACUAGCAAAAUUACACAACUGGUCCCUGUGAUGUGUCUCCACACCUACAUACAACUCCCACUUACUACCCCUUCACAUCACUAGUGGAAGUUUGUGAGUUAUUUUAGUCAGGAUAUCUAGUGUUAAAGUCUCAAUGCAGGUGAAAUCUGGUUUGAUGUGCCUAAUAUAUCUAUGGAAAACUUAAAGCAGAAUCAGAUGUAGUUGGGGGAUGUUCCUCAAAAGACUGGGGACUAUGAGGGAAACCCUCCUCUCUUUUUUCAUUUGGUAAAAGACUAAAUAAAAGCCAUAUGGGUUUUAAUUGGUUACAACGAAAGGAGAAAACUAGCAUAAAAGUGUCAUAUUUUCUGACUUGUGAGGUGGUAUAUAAUCAAAAAGACUGAUUUUUUUUCCUGUAACAUAAAAGAUAAAAAUUUUCUGAAUUAAAAAGUACUUCCUAGGGCUGUGUAGCUAUUUGGGAGUUUCAUAACCUGUUAUGGUGCUUUUGGUGGGAUUUUUAUUAUUUGUCAUUUUAGAAGACCGCUGUCAACUGGUUUUAACCUAUGAUGCUGUUUUUCACUGUACCUUCAUCUCAGGAAUAAAACUGGUUUAAUGGAGAUGAUGUUAGGUACAAAUAUACUAGAAUCAAGUUGCCAUUUAAAAAAGAAAAAUCAAAUAGUAUUUCUAUUUUUUCUUUUUUUUCCCCCUUAACAGACAGCAAAGGCAUAUACUACUACAAAAUAAAAAGUGGUUUUGGAGAAUGAAAAAUACUGGUUUUAACUUCUCUAAAAUUGUUUCCCCCAAGGGAAUGAAAUAACUGGUGUGAAAGAGGUUGAAAGUACUGCCUAAAGUGAGCCCAGAGCCCA